AUGGUGGCUCACGAUGAAGAAGCGCACGCUUUACUCGAGGAACACGAACUCUACGGCCAGGAUAAUAGUGUACAAGAUGGUAAAACCUGUCUGCCAACAUAUCCCGCAUUAUCGUCACUCUUCUUAAAGAGAUCAUGCACGGUCCGAUUGAUAGCGUCUCUUAUCGUGGUUUCACUACUGUCCGUAUUUGGGGCGAUAAUUACAUCACAUGGUGCACGGGAACAAUUCUCCGAAAAUGGCCAAGAUACCCCUCUCGCUUAUCGACUUCAUGCUCUGGAGCAUACAUCUCGCCCGCCAACGACACUUGUCUUUAGCUGGAAUGUCACUGCUGGAAUUAGAUCACCAGAUGGUGUUGAGAAACGUGUGUAUCUUAUCAAUGAUGAAUUCCCCGGCCCGCUUAUUGAGGCUCGAUCCGGCGACAGAGUCGUGGUACACGUUCGCAACGGUCUCUCGGAGGAAGGUCUUUCAAUACAUUGGCACGGUAUUCGUAUGAAAGAUCAGAAUGUCAUGGACGGUGCUGUGGGCUUUACGCAGUCUCCCAUCCAUCCUGGUGACAACUUUAUCUACAACUUCACCAUCGGCGACAAUGAACAUGGUACCUUCUGGUGGCACAGUCACUCCGAUGUUCAACGCGCAGAUGGUCUCUGGGGAGGCCUAGUGGUACACUCUCCAGAUGAAAUCGACCAACCUCCAGAAGACCAUUUGAUCACGAUCGGCGAUUGGUUUCAUCGGAAUCAAACCGAUGUAUUGAGCUGGUUUGCAGAUGCAAGCAGUCGGGGAAAUGAACCCGUCCCAGAUUCACUGCUGGUCAACGGCCAGGGGCGGUUUGACUGCUCUAUGGCCGUUCCCGCAAGGCCAGUUGUUUGUUCUCAAGUCGCAGUGGAAGAAUUAAGGCCACUAUUUACAAGAGUGAAAGAUGGGAAGACAAGAAUCCGAGUUGUGAAUACAGGUUCAAUCGCAGGCUUUACUAUAAGAAUGGACGGAGCAAUGAUACGACCAGUUCGGGUGGAUGGGGGGUUCGAUGUCCACUCCGAAGCGACCGAGACCGUCGGUAUCCUCUAUCCUGGUGAAAGAGUGGACGUCGAUGUCGAGUGGAAGGACGAUCAUCCUCACCAUCGUUGGCUUACAAUAUACAUGGAUGACGAAAAUUUUGGCUAUCCCAACGAAGCAUUAAACCCGGUACAGAGUUUUCCCAUCUUCGAUUAUGGUACUGAGAUACCAAAUCGUAAAGAUCCAGAGCCAGAUGAAACACAGAUCCUUGACCCUCGAAAUCUUAAGGCCGCUAGAAAGGUAAUGGAUAUACCUUCAGUCGCCGAUCGAACUAUCCUUCUUUAUGCGAAAGUAGAAAAGCUCGCUCAUAUGGACUACGAGCCUGUCGGAUUCAUUAACCAUACUUCUUGGAAACCACAGAAUCCACCACUUGUCUCUCAGAACCGGUCUGAUUGGGAUGAAAACCAACUCAUUCCUUCCAUAGCGAUAUCACCAGGCAAACCUACAAGAGUUGACAUCAUAAUCAACAACCUAGAUGAUGGCGCGCAUCCUUUCCAUUUGCAUGGACAUUCUUUCUACGUUCUCUCAUCAUAUAGAGACGAAGGCCGUGGUAGUUGGGGAAGCUAUAAUCCAUACUCUGGUGAAGCGCCGCCAAAUGGGCUGGAUCUGGACUUUCCGUUGCGUAAGGAUACGGUCAGUGUGCCGAGGAGAGGCCACGUGGUACUGACAUUUGUGGCGGACAAUCCGGGAAUAUGGGCGUUGCAUUGUCACAUGCUUGUUCAUAUGGCACGAGGCAUGGCGAUGGGCUUGCAGGUAGAUCAUGACUUGAGCACUAGAGAAUCAUAA